GACUUGUCAUCGUCGAGGACGACGACGACGACAACGACGAUCUUGUUAUAUUCGGUCGGUCUCCACACUCUGAUCACCCUUUCCUUCAAAUGUCUGCGGUACUCACGUCCAAACCGCCCAUAGCCGGUACCGCUUUCGCUUUAUCUCGACUGUUCAAUGCUGGCACUAUGUCUCGGAACGCGAUGGUGAUGAUGUACCAACAGCAACAGCAACAGCAUCCAUUUUCAUCAGGAUCUAUCGCAUCAGCAUCGGAACCGGUAACAGGAUUUGGCGUAGGAAUCGGUGGAAGAGGCAGUACCGGAGGAGGAGCAGGUUCCAUGGGUGCAGAUCCCGUCCGCGCAGCGGUGGCCCAUCUGCUAUCCAAGGCGUACUCGCUGCCGUGCUCGACGGCGGCUCACUCAUUUUCAAACCUCGUACAGCCAACUUCCCGCUUCCAGCUAGCUCUCGACGCGUUGCUACCGAUUCUGGAAUCGAAUGCCUCAUCGACCGAUCUGGCGCAGCGGAUUCUAGUCUCAUUCAUUCUUUAUUCUUUAUAUGCUCCUCAUCCGAUUGCCAUCAACCCGUUCAAGUCCGUCUUGUUCACGACUUUCGUCAAGGAGCGAGAACAGGCGGUGAAUGUUGCCAAUGUAGGAGGAGUGGCUCUCAACGAGCCGUAUGUCUGGGUUUUAUGGAAGAUUUUGAAAGGAGACGGUAACGAUAUUGGACCUUAUUCACCCUCAACAUUAGCGCGGUCGCCUUUACCGCCAAAGCUUAGAGCCACUAACUUAUUUCUCGAAGAUGAAAUGUAUUAUACUGAACCUGAUAUAGACGAUUUUUCUUUUUCUUAUACUAAACGAACGGAACCGAUGAAUGGCCAGACUAAACUGGAGACGAACAACCGCGUUGAAACAACAGAUGAACGAUACAUCACCAAGGAUGAGGACACCGAGAACGACAGAGUUGCAGAGGCAAUGCAGCUUCUCCUGGAUGGACGUGGACGGGUCUUGACGUUGUCUGAGCAAAGGAUCGUGCUUCCCAUGAUUCCGCAGCUCGCAUCUUCGCAAAUGAUUACACCACUUGAUCUCGCACCCAUCAUCUCAUGCAAUCCAACUAUUGCUUAUCCUCUCUGCGUUGCUCUUAUCGCUCCCGAUCCUGCGCUUAGAGCAAAAUCGAACGAAGGCGAGGAAUUCGACACAGACACGUACCAUCUACUCUUCCCUUCGCCCUUUUUGGAGGUAUUGACCAUUCUACCUCCCACUCUGGCGAGUUUUGACUUGAUGGGGCGACUGUUGAGGGAUUUCACGCCUGCUGAUGGAUCCUUGACGGUGGCGGAACUAGUAAAAGAUGAAGUUCUGGGCCGCUUCGUUAGUCAGAGCAUCUCUUGGCUAGAAAACGCGGAAAGAGAGGAAAGAGAAGGUUUGAUCAGUGAUGAUCGAGUAGUGAAAGGAGUGCAAAACCUUUGUCGAUUCUAUCAUUCCCUCAUCAAGAUGUCCAUCGUUGAUCCUGACGUUGGCGAUUACUCGAUUGAGAUGAAACAAUUCAGCCUACGCAACUCCCGGUUCGAAGAAGCGAAUGCUCUGUAUAGGGCUCUGGCUACUGGCGGCAGGUCGGCCUUCUAGCCUUGACAUGAACUUUUUCUUUCUUUUUUUGCAAAACUUAAGUGUAUUUCUCAACUUACCGGUGUUCUGGUUGUAUCUAUUCCCUGUCCUCUGGCAGCCGCUCACGUUUUUCGUACUUACUCACGCAUAUCGCUCCUCUACAGUACCACUCUUACUUACGAUACUUAUACUAUUCUCUCUAGCUUUUUGCCAUAUAUGCCCAUGAUACAUCGACAGCUAUGUUUCCUUUGUUUGACUUAUAUUCUAUGCUCAUGUCGUCACUUUGACUUUACCGAAUGGAUAUUCUACCUUGUUUA